AUGCUGCUGAAAGAAGCGCUCCAGUCCGUGACGGCCAUCGUGUUGGCGUCGGGCUCGCCGCGGCGUAGAGAGCUGCUCGGCCAGAUGCUGCCCAAAGAUGUGUCCUUCGUCGUGCAAAAGAGCACCUUCGACGAGGACCUGCCGAAGGGCGACGACGCGGCGCUCUACUGCGUGCGCACGGCGGAGAAGAAGGGCGAGGAGGUCUGCGCGGCGAUCAACGAUCCGUCGCGGCUCAUCAUUUCCGCCGACACCGUCGUCGUAUUGGACAACGUCGUCCUCGAGAAGCCGGCCGACGAGGCGCACGCCGUGGCGAUGCUCAGGAGCCUCAGCGGGCGGUCCCACGACGUCGUGACGGGCUGCGCGCUCUUCCACGGCGGCCGCGCGACGACGUUCUACGAGCGGACGGCCGUGCAGUUCUCGAGCCUCUCCGACGACGCCAUCGCCGCCUACGCGGCGACGGGCGACCCGCUCGACAAGGCCGGCGGCUACGGCAUCCAGGGCCGCGCGGGCGCCUUCGUUCAACGGGUCGACGGCUGCUACUACAACGUCGUCGGCUUCCCGCUGAACCGCCUCUCCCGGGAGAUCGCGGCGUUCCUCGCCGAGACCUAA